AUGUCAAACCACAUUCUUCAAAAUACAUUAAACAAUAGUGCCAACAUCAACAACUCAAGUUUUGGAACCACUUCUCAAGAUCUGAACUUAGAUCUGUUCUUCAAUUCACCUGAAAGAUUUUAUAGAGACAUUAUCAAUGAAUCACCAAUAGUAUCAAAGACGCCCCAAAUCGGAAGAACUCCUUUGAAGAAUUUAAAUAUCAAUUUCAGUACUCCGAAUUUUUUGAAAAACAUUGAAACUUCAGCAAACCAUCAAAAUAAUAGUGUUGGUAAAAACUUUACACCUUUAAAGAACCAACUGUUUAACUCAAAAGUUGAAAUAUUUGAAACUCCUAAGUUGACUAAACAAAACACAACAACUUUGAAUUCUUCACCAACAACAAUCAAGAUAGGGUCUUCAGCUAUGAAAAAUGAUGAAAAUAUAAAUCCUAGUGGCUCAGGUAAAAUGAUUCCACCUUCCCCAACACCAACAUCAAAGAUGUCGAAUAAUAACAAUGUUGUUGUUCAUCAACCUCCUCAAAUAGCUCCACCACCUCCUCCAUCUCAAAUACCUUCGAUACCUAAAAUGGGGUGCUUCAAAAAAGCUACUGAAACUGAAAAACAAGUUAUUAAGAAACCUUCAAACAAUAAUAACAAUAGAUUUCAAAUCAUCAUGACAGAUGUCAACACAUUUGCUAAUAAUAGCAAGAGCUCAAGACCUAAAAAGAAAAAACUAGCAAGAUCUUCAACAAGUAUCAAUACUUCUUCUAAUGCAGUGACCAAGAAAAACAAUUCUUUGAAAAGAUCUUUAUCUCAACCGCAAGCUAAAUUCAUGAAAUCUUUAACUCCAAAGAAAUCUAUUGAUAAAAAACCAGAAGAUGAACCAAUAAUUAAUCAACCUUCAAAUUCAAAUUCUGAAGUAUCUUCUAUAUUAACUUCAAAAUCAUCUGAAAGUAACGUUGAAGAUAUAUUUGAUGAUGAGAAAAUUUUAUCAGAUACAGAAAAAUUGCUAAACAAUGAUCGGUAUUUCUGA